AUGGAAAGGCACGACACCUCUCCGAGGCUCGAUUGGUGGAGGAAUUUUCUGCUUCACAAUGCAUUCGUUCCUGGUCUCUUCCGUUUCAUCAAUAUCGGCUUCACUAGCGCCACGUUGGCCAUUGCCAUCCGAUUGUACGUGGUGCUGAAGCAGCAAGCAGCGGCGGACUCGGUAGGGUCAAGUCCCUUGGUAGCCAUCAUCUUCGGACCUCCGACGCUGUUGCACGUCGGCUGGCAGAUCUACUUGGAAUAUUUUGGCAAGCCGAUUGGACUAUGGGCAGUGCGCAACAAGCUGCUGUACUCGCUCGUAGAUCUCGUCUUCAUAUGCAUGUGGAGCGCAGAACUCAGCUUGUCCUUUGACAAUUACCUGACCAGCAGUCUGGUGUGUGUCGCCGAUAUUAAUCCCUUCGCGGGACUAGAAACCCAAAGCCCCUUGACGGAUCCUGCAAAGAAGCCGAUCAUCUGCAGGCUACAAGGAACCCUGAUUGGGCUGGUGUUCGUCAGCCUCAUAGCUUACGUCAUUGUCCUCGUUUUGAGCCUCUUCCGCAUCUUUGUCCGCGUCUCUGGCCCUAGGACCAAGGGCACCUACGCAUGA